AUGUCAGUUAACAGCUGGGAGAUUUUGCAUUCUUCAUCAAGCAUCCCACAAAUUACGACAUUAUCUACGAUAUCUAGUUCACUCAUCCCCAGAUCAGAUAAAGCAUACGCUGAUGUGGAUUGCACCACAUCAAGUACAGCUCCUCCAACGAGUACAACAUCUUCAAUCGCUGGUGUUGCAGGUGUCGUCGCUACUCCAAACUGUACAGUAACCAAACUCUCAGAUGCUGUCAUCGGACUCGGAGUCCUCUGCGGCUUGUCAAUCAUCGGCUGCAUCAUUCUUAUAAUCCUCUUCAUCCGCCAAUCCAACUCAUCACGAAACCGCAGCACGAGCCGAAACAGAGACACCACACCAUCACACUCCCAUCCCAGUUCACCAAUCGGCCCUUGGUACCAAGAUCACUUUCGAGAUUUCGAUACACGUUCAAGAAGACGUAGAGUAUAUGACGGCUUAGGUAUUGGAGGAAGUCGGGACGGCAGACUCCCUCGUCGUCACUCGAUAUAUGAAAGUCCACAAGCGAGAGAUCCGCAGGCGAGAAGUCCUCUCGCACCACCUCCUAGAUACAUGGAACGAGCUCCUGAGAAUAUGCGACAAGCUCAAAAUGCAGGUGUAUUCCCUAGAUCGCCUCUGAGAAGGGGCAUGUUUGGUCGAUCGCCACUGGCUGCUGGAUAUCCUUUCCUGCGAAAUCCGAAUGUAAAUCCGAUGGCAUUCUCUCAAGGACAGGCAGGACUUGGAGAUAUGCAAAUGCCACAGAUGCCGCAUGCUGGACAAAUGCAUCCACAACAACCACCAAUGUAUCAGCAGCACGUACAUCAAUACCCCGAACAAGCUGGCAUGAUGCAUCCGGACCAUCAUCAUCAUCAUCACCCACCAGCGCCUAUGGCGGACAUGAGAGCAGCUCAAGAGCAAGAACGGCGAAGAGAAAGCAGGAGACAGGAGGAAGGAAAUGUUGGGAGGUCGAGAGAUCCUUCGAAUGCUGGUACUGCUGUUCGUGAUGGCAUUUUUGGGAGAAUGAGGGGCGAAGCAUUGGGAAGUAGACGGGCUUCCAGGAGUGAAACUGAGGGAUCAAGGGGGAGGAGAGGCGGACAGUCUGACGGUGGGCCACCUGGCCCAAUGUGAAAUCCCUUUUGAAAGAAAUCGUUAAAACUUCAGGGCUAAAGUGUUCUUUUUUGUUCGAUAGGUGGUAUUCAAUGUUGAGAUGAUCUAAAAGCAGACCACUUUCCGUCAGAGAGCGAGCUAUCAAUUAUAGACAGGUGGCAGUUAUCAAGUAGUGGGGUAGUUUUUGGGAAGUUGACGUGAAGUUUCAUGGCCUCAAAAUCACCGCG